UGUCUUUGACAUGUGUGCAUGUGUGUUUAUGGUUUAUGACUUUGUUUGGCCACCUGAGUUUAUUUGAGAAGAUCGCGCAUAUUGAAAAGUUAUCUUGUAAUGGCUGCCUUUGAGGAGACCACGUGGAAUACUGACAUGUCUCAUCGCAAAUUCCACGCACCCCGCCAUGGACACUUGGGGUUCCUGCCCCACAAGCGAAGCAAGAAGCAUAGAGGCAGGGUGCGUACGUGGCCCAAAGAUGACCCCAGCCAACCAGUGCACCUCACUGCCUUCCUGGGAUACAAGGCGGGCAUGACCCACACGUUGAGGGAGGUGCACCGCACUGGCCUCAAGCAAGCAAAGAGAGAGGAAAUAGAGGCGGUUACCAUCAUUGAAACUCCUCCGGUCAUUGUGGUGGGGGUUGUGGGAUAUAUUCACACCAUCCGUGGCUUGCGUUCCCUCAAAACUAUCUUUGCUGAGCAUCUAAGCGACGAGUGCAAGCGCAGAUUUUAUAAAAACUGGUUCAAGAGCAAGAAGAAGGCCUUCACCAAGCACAGUAAGAAGUGGCAGGAUGAGACUGGAAAGAGACAGCUGGACAAGGAUUUUGCUCAAAUGAAGAAAUACUGUUCAGUGAUCAGGGUUAUUGUUCAUUCUCAGAUGCGACUGCUGCCCAUACACCAGAAAAAGGCCCACAUCAUGGAGGUGCAGCUCAAUGGGGGAAGCAUCUCGGACAAGGUGGACUGGGCAAAGGAGCGUCUGGAGCAGGCCGUGCCCAUCUCUGCCGUCUUCUACCAAGACGAGAUGAUUGAUGUCAUUGGAGUCACAAAGGGUCACGGCUUUAAAGGUGUGACAAGUCGCUGGCACACAAAGAAGCUUCCCAGGAAGACUCACAAAGGCCUGAGGAAGGUGGCCUGCAUUGGAGCCUGGCAUCCGGCACGUGUGUCAUACACUAUAGCUCGUGCUGGUCAGAAGGGCUAUAACCACCGUACUGAGAUCAACAAGAAGAUCUACCGUAUCGGUAGGGGUGUGCACAUACAGGAUGGAAAGGUGAUCCGGAACAAUGCCUCCACUAGCUAUGACACCACCCAGAAGACCAUUACGCCCCUGGGAGGCUUCCCUCACUAUGGUGAAGUGAAGAAUGACUUUGUCAUGGUGAAGGGCUGUGUGGUCGGGGCUAAGAAACGUGUUCUCACCCUCAGAAAGUCUUUGAUCGUGCACACAUCUCGCAAGUCCAAGGAAACCAUCGAGUUGAAGUACAUUGACACCACUUCCAAAUUUGGCCAUGGCCGCUUCCAGACUGCCCAAGAGAAGAGGGCAUUCAUGGGGCCACUGAAGAAGGAUGCCAGGAAGACACUGCCUGAGCCUCUAAAUGAGGAGGCCUAAAAUAAAUUCUCACAUCUCAAUUCUUAUGCAAUAAUAAAACUGAGUUUCAAAUACA